CACCUGGGGGCAAGGUCCUCUUCUCCCCUCCGCCCCGGCCCCAGGCCCCUCGCAGAACCCCGCGGCGAUGGAGGCGGGGGGGCCCGGUGCUCAUUGGGCGGCCGGAGGCUCGUCGGCCUGGCCCGAGGGGGCGGGGCUGCCGGCUGACGUCACGCAGGGAGGGCCUGAGCGGCGGCGCGGAGGCCGGGCGGAGAGCGCGCUCGGGCGCCGAGCGGUGCGGCGCGGUCCCCAGGCCCCGACCCGGACGCGCGUCCCCCGCGAGGGCCGCCGCGCGGCCGACUCCCUCCGCGAGCCCCGGAGCCGAGACCCCCGCCGCGCCGCCGCUAUGUACGACCCCGAGCGCGGAUGGAGCCUGUCCUUCUCGGGAUGCGGCUUCCUGGGCACCUACCACGUCGGGGCGACCCGCUGCCUGACCGAGCGCGCCCCGCACCUCAUCCGCGACGCGCGCAUGCUGUUCGGCUCCUCGGCCGGGGCGCUGCACGGCGUCUUCUUUCUCUCCGGGGCCCCGCUGGACCUCCUCAUGCAGAUCCUUGGGGACCUUGUCCGGAGUGCCAGGAGCCGGAGCAUUGGCAUCCUCCACCCCUCCUUCAUCUUGGGCAGGCACAUCCAAAAAAGUCUUCAGAGACACCUCCCAGACAAUAUCCACAGGCUCAUCUCUGGCAAAAUGUGCAUUUCGCUCACCAGGGUGUCUGAUGGGGAAAACGUGCUGGUGUCUGAUUUUCAGUCCAAAGACGAAGUUGUGGACGCCUUGGUCUGUUCCAGCUUCAUCCCUUUCUUCAGCGGCAUAAUCCCUCCUUCCUUCAGAGGUGUGCGAUACGUGGAUGGAGGAGUAAGUGACAAUGUCCCCUUCUUUGAUGCCAAAACAACCAUCACUGUGUCCCCCUUCUACGGGGAGUAUGACAUCUGCCCUAAAGUCACGUCGACGAACUUUCUUCACGUGGACCUAACCAAGCUCAGUUUGCGCCUCUGCUCCAAGAAUGUCUACCUGCUAAUGCAAGCACUGUUCCCUCCGGAUCUCAAGGUGCUUGGCGAGAUCUGCCUUCGUGGGUACUUAGACGCCUUGAGGUUCUUGGAGGAGAGCGGCAUCUGCAACAGGCCCCAUCCAUGCCUGAAUUUACCCUCAGAGGAGUUGAAGACCCUUAAAUUCACCUGGGGACACAGGAGCCUGGAAUCUCCCCUGAGGGUGGCUACGGGGCGGACGAAGCCUGAGGGAGACGAGCUGCUGGACCACCUGCGUCGCAGCAUCCUGCCCUGGGAUGAGAGCAUCCUGGACACCCUGUCGCCCAAGCUCACUGCAGCACUGAGUAAAGCAGUUAAAAACCAACAUGGAUACGUGAGCAAGAUUUGCAACUUCUUACCGAUCAAGGUAAUGUCAUAUGUGAUGCUUCCUUGUACGCUGCCUGUGGAGUCUGCCAUUGCUGUGGUCCAGAGACUGGUGAUGUGGCUUCCAGAUAUGCCCAAGGACAUCCGGUGGCUGCAGUGGCUCACCUUGAGUGUGUGUUCGCGAGUGAUGACACAGAUCUUCCCCACUUCCAGAUCCCAGACACCAGCAAGCGGCCAACAGCCUUCCCUGAGGGACUUAUGAAGGCACUGCUACCUUCCCUGCUGUCCAGUAGGGGCCGGAGCUGAGGCUGCUUGGCAAACCUGUCCUGUCUGGCCUGGCUUUGG